AUGGUUAAUGAUGCAUUUCAUGAAACUACUGCUGCAUUUCCUGAGAAUAAUACGGAAGAACCCAACGUAGAUGCACAACGUUUUUAUACUAUGUUAGAUGCUGCAAAUCAACCUAUCUACGAUGGAUGUAGAGAAGGGCAUUCUAAGUUAUCAUUGGCAUCUAGGAUGAUGACAAUUAAAGCUGAUAAUAACUUAAGUGAGAAUUGCAUGGAUUCUUGGGCUGAACUCAUUAAAGAGUAUUUGUCAGCUGAUAAUAUGAUGAUAAGUUCCAAGAAUGUCGGUUUUGCGGGAAGCCGAGAUAUCAACCUACUCAAUGAAGGACGCGAGUGCCAUAUAAACGUAUGUGAUGGUUUUAGUCCAUUUGUUAUGUCAGGGAGGCAGUAUUCCUUAUGGCCUGUCCAAAGCAUCCGAAGCGAGCCUCUGAUUCAUGAGCUGAAGCAAUUGUGGUAUGAAGGUGUUCAGACGUUUGAUUUGUCGCGAAAACAAAAUUUCAAUAUGCGGGCAGUGCUAAUGUGGACGAUUAGUGACUCCCCUGCGUACGGAAUGUUAUCUGGGUGGACAACACACGGAAGAUUAUCAUGUCCUUAUUGUAUGGAUCGUACCGAUGCAUUUCAGUUAAAGUAUAGGCGAAAACCUUGUUGGUUUGAUUGUCAUCGUCGGUUUCUUCCCUUGCAUCAUCCGUACCGGAAGAACAAGAAGUUGUUUAGAAAGAACAAGGUUGUGCGUGUUCCUCCACCAACUUAUGUCUCUGGAAAUGAUUUGUUUGAGCAGAUUGAUUACUAUGGCGCUCAAGAAACAUGUAAACGUGGGGGUAACUAUCACACACCAGCAAACAUGCCAGAUGGAUAUGGAAGCGCUCACAAUUGGCACAAGCAGAGUAUUUUUUGGGAGCUUCCAUAUUGGAAAGAUCUUCUAUUGCGGCACAACCUUGACGUGAUGCACAUCGAGAAAAUCUUUUUCGAUAAUUUCAUCGUUACGCUUCUGAAUGUGCAGGGUAAAACAAAAGAUAGCUGGAGAUCUAGGUUGGAUUUGGCGGAAAUAUGCGCAAGGAUCGAUUUACAUCUUACAAGAGAUGGGAAAUUACCAUUAUCCCAAUUUCGAUUGUCAGCAGAGGAUAAGAAGGUGUUGUUCGAGUGGAUUAAAUCUGAAGUGAAGUUUCCAGAUGGAUUUGUCUCAAAAUUUUCAAGAUGUGUAGAGCAAGGCCAAAAAAUUUCAGGUAUAUAA